GGCGGGCCAUCUCCGCACGCCUUCUGCGGAGUCAGGCGGCAAAGGAGGAUUUGGCGAUGGCUCCGAACAAGGAAUGCGGGACGGAAGGAAGCCUCGGCCGCGGGGUCCGCAAAGGCAUCCGGGCUGUGCUGCUCGGGCCGCCUGGGGCGGGGAAGGGGACCCAGGCCCCUCGGCUAGCUGAGGCCUAUUGUGUAUGUCACUUGGCGACAGGCGACAUGUUGAGAGCUAUGGUGGCUUCUGGCUCACCGCUGGGCAAAAAGUUGAAGCAGACGAUGGAUGCUGGAAAGCUGGUGAGUGAUGAAAUGGUGGUGGAGCUGAUUGACAAGAACCUGGAGACGCCCUCCUGCAAGAAUGGUUUCCUUUUGGAUGGGUUUCCACGCACAGUGCGACAAGCAGAGAUGCUGGAUGAGCUCAUGAAAAAGAGAAAAGAGAAACUAGAUUCUGUCAUUGAAUUCGCUGUUGCUGACUCCUUACUCAUCCGGAGAAUCACUGGACGGCUCAUCCACCCAGCAAGUGGCCGCUCAUACCAUGAGGAUUUCAAUCCUCCUAAGGUCCACAUGAAGGAUGAUCCGCAUGAAUCCAGGAGGUGGACGAGACAGGACAGAACACCAUCGAAUGCUGCAUGUUCAUCACCCUCACCCUUUGCUCUCAAGGCAAGGGGGCAAAGGAAGGGAGGGCAAGGAAAGGGGCAGGAAGCACAAGGGGUAACUUGAAAGGAAUUCUUUAAGAAAGUCAAACCAGAAUUUAGGGAGGAAAAUGUGUACUCUAUUGUGUUGAAACAGGCUUGUAAAGGCUAGAUAUCACCAUAGCUCUGACUCUAGACAGUUGCAUUGUAAAAAUUUAACUUGGCAGGGAGGGGAAGCUAUCUCGGACCCAGUUGUUUCCCCUAGAUGGUCCCAGUGAUUUAGGAAGUUCACUGGAGGCAAAGGGCAGAAAUUAGCAGACUAUGCACUGCAAGAAAUCCGCUCAAAAGCUUCUCUAAGCCCAUGAGUUCCAGCUGUGCACAAGUCCUUGUUUCUGCUGUGCCUCUUCUCCAUGUAGCCUCCACUUGGGGUGGACAAUUUUGGCCUCAGGAUAACGGCUCUUUCAAUAACUCCCGCUGCAGAGAUGCUGCAGAAUUCCUGCAUCAGCAAUUGGCAUCUGAAGUCGUCACCACCUGGAUGGGGCAGUGCUGCCUACUUUAUUGUUCAGAGUAGUAUUCACUUAAAUACUGAAAGACCAGGACCAAGAACACUCCCCCUGCCCUCAAACACUGCAGCUUCCAGUUUUUUUUACUUGCCAUCCUUUUAGGGCCCACCUGCUGCUUCAAUAAAAUGGCUGUCACUUUUGUACCUGAACAAA